AUGAAUCUCCUUCGAACCUUCAACGCAACGCUAGCUCGUCGUCCUCUCGCGACUCAAGUUAUUGUAUCUGGAGCAGUUUGUGGAGCAGGCGACGCCUUCACACAGUAUUUGACUGGACAGAAAUCAUGGGACUACAAGAGAACCGCCCGUUUCACAUGUCUCGCUGCUGUCUUCAUUGCUCCACCACUGAAUGUUUGGUUUCGAGUUUUGGAAAGGGUUCGACACUCGAAUCGGCAUGCCCAGGUCUUCAGUCGAAUGUCAAUUGAUCAGUUUAUGUUCAGUCCAUUCUUCAACGCAAUCAUUCUAGUGAAUCUCCGUCUUCUAGAAGGAUUUUCAUUUUCCAAAUCAGUGGAUAAAAUGAAGAAUGACUGGUACGAUGUGUACACUUCGAGUUUGAGACUAUGGCCGGCAGUUCAAUUGAUCAAUUUUUAUUUCGUUCCUUUGAACUACCGAGUGAUCCUUAUCCAAGUCGUCGCAUUCUUCUGGAAUUCGUGGCUCUCGUUCAAAACCCAAACUCCCGCAUUGGAAGAUCCAACGAUUGAGG